UUGGCGUGCCAUAGGUAGUCCAUCUCCAGGUCACAUGAUUUAGUCAUGUGAUUUCUGUUUUCUAUCGGUCAUCAAGAUGGCCGAUGGGGAGGAAAGAGCGCCUUUGCUUCGGAACGUUAUAUCAGAACCCCCACCUAUUUAUUCUUCACAAGCACCACCUCCUGGCCAGGUGCCUCCACCCUAUCCUGCUGAUGAGUUGCCACCACCCUACACCCCCACUCCACAAGGGGGAAUCCCCAUGAUCAACUGCAAAGUCUGUCAAGCAUUGAUCAAUGUUGAAGGAAAGCAAAACCAACAUGUUGUGAAGUGUAAUGUCUGCAAUGAAGCAACACCAAUCAAGGGACCACCUCCAGGAAAGCGUUACAUACGAUGUCCAUGCAACUGUUUGCUCAUCUGCAAUAGUACUGCGGCCAGGAUUGCAUGUCCCAGACAAAACUGCAAGAGAAUAAUCAACCUUGGGGGUCAAACACAUGUUGUAGUGCGCAAUCCUGGCUCCGAGAGAUUUACCUGCGCUUACUGUAAUCAGGUGUUUGUGUUCAACUCGGUAGGAUGGAGUCAGCUUGCAAGAUGUCCACACUGCAGAAGAGUUUCCUCUUGUGAUGCAUCAAACCAGAAAACACGCUGUGCAAUAUAUCUGAUUUUGGGAAUCAUUUUCCUCGGAGCAGGCAUUGGAGUUACUGUUGGAACAUACGAGAUGGCACACCACUCUGGUGGGAUCUACACUGUGUGGAUAGGGGCUUUUGUGCUUGGGAUUUUGUUCCUUGUGAGGGCGGCCUAUCUGGGGUCAAUUCGGGUCAGCCCCAGAGCACCCCCUCCUUCAUAAUGUUGCCAUGGAAGCCACCUUUGCAGAAAUUGAAACCGAAGUUAUACCCUUUGACUGCUGAAAUUAUAACCCCUGGUUCACACAUUCCAAAUAACAAAAUAAGAAUGAUUUGUCAGUGAUGUUGGAAAGGGCAAAGGUCAACGAGGACAAAGAACAUGAGAACAUGACUUACCGGUAGUUGUUAGAACUUGUUUGUAUAGUAACUUUGUAAUGUAUGUACAUGUAUUUCUUAAUGAUUUGAAAGUGCCAAGAUAUUGUGUUGAUAUGUAUUGUGUUGUCAUUGUAUACAUUUUUGAAUGAAAUUACCUUCUUGUACACAAACCAAUGUAGAACCUAAAAAGGGUCAAGAUAUUUACAAACAUGUUUGUAUACAUACUUUUUUGUAAAUGUACCUUAGAUUUAGAUUUCCAUUAAUUACCUCCAAAUAAUUUCAUUUCUAUUCCAGUUUUUAUGAAAUGUUUCAGUUUGAACUAAAAUACUCUGGUACUAAAUAUUCAUACAUGUAUUUGUAUAACCAAACAAGGUUACAAAUUCAUGCUAGUGUUAUUAGCAUGGAGUACAAAACUUUUAUGCAUUGUUAUAGCUUUUAUAGUAUGGUUGACUUGUCCUCCUCCUAAAGCGUUGUGGUUUUAUGAAAAAAAUAUUUUACAAUUCAUAUUUCAUUAACUUGUUUUCCUAUUAAAAUUUGUCUAUAUUUCCCUACAAUAUACAGUAAAGCGUAGACCAAUGUUUUUCUUUCUCUGAAAUAGUGUACCAGUUUAUCUUUACCUUUUUUAUUCACCAGCAUUACCAAUGUUAUUUCAGCUUCUAAUAUACUGCUUUCUCUUGAGAUAAUCAUUCUGGAAAUGGUGUGCCAGUAUCUCUAUAUUUUAUUCACCAACAUUCAAUGUUAAUGCUAUUUGUUAUAACGCUGCUUUCUCUCAAGAUAUUAAUUGUAUGUGAACAAAUAUUGGCUCAUAGUGGCUGUGAUGCUGUAAAUAAAUCCAAGUACAUGUGUAAUGUAUUCCUAUUGUAAUCAGAACAUUUUAUGUACUAAAACCUAACAGGGUAACUGGUUCCAACUUUUAAAUACAAUGUAUUAGGCACAAUAGACAAAAUAAAGAUUUUUUUCCAAAAUUAUACAUCCCUUAGAGCAAUAUUUAACCAAUAAACCUCAUGAUUACCCAACUAAUUACAUCAAUUAGCAUCCUACAAUAUAUAUUUGAAUAUUUAAUUUCGAAAGAGUAUCUGUUAUCUAUAACCUUUAGGAGUCUAUUGCAUUUUUUAAGAGAUACCAUUUACAAUGCAUGUAUCCAUUGUUAUCCACUUUUCCUAAAUGUCCUUUUCAUGUUUAUUUGAUGCAACCUAUUGAAUUACAUAUUAAGCUAUUGUUUUGUUUGAAACAUUUACAUAUGAAUUACCGGUAAUUUUAAUCAGCUCUUGAUAAAUUAUUGAUUGAUUGUAUGUUUAUUUUGAAUCAUGCAUUUGUCAAUUACAUUGCAGGAUAAAGAUAAUAUAUGUAUCUAAAUUGUAUAACUAGUUACUAGUAGUGAGAAAUAAAUUUUAUGAUCAUUAGGAAA